AUGAGCGAAUCUGCGGAAUUGGACCAAGAUCGACCCAAAAAACUGAUAAAAGUUGUAAGUUUACUUUUUUUCUUUCAAAAUUGCAUGAGUUUUUUGUAGAAUGUUGAUAGAGAAGUUCCGGAAGACAAAAUUCGAAUUUGGUUGAAACAUAUUGUUGACAAAGUCUAUGCUGAAAUGCCACCGCUUGAAUAUGGAGAUGUAAGAAUUUUGGGGAAAGUUAGAUUAGGGAGCGAACAGUUUUUGAAAAUCAAAAAAGACAGAACUCAAUUAUCUGAUCCCGAUGCUGUGAAAAUUAUCUGAUAAAAAUGUGAUCAACUUUUACUGCCUGGUCAUAUUUCAAUGAUCUUUUCAGCUCAUUUUGGCUGCUUCCCCUGGAACCCAGCAGUUAGUUUUCGCAGAAUAGUGAUCAGCGUAUCGAGUUCUAUCAGACUGUAUUUCUUAAUUUUCAAAAGCCGUUAUCAUGCUGAUUCAAUUUCCUUGAAAAAUUUGAAAAAAAAAGUUUUUUGAAGAUCGAAAUAGUUGUGAUGAUGGAUUUCAGCAAGAGUGUAAAUAUGACAAAAGAAUUGAAGAAAAUGAUUAUGGAAACUUUGGAAGAUGAACUUUUACGAUGA